AUGGCUUUGGUGAACGUUAAGCAAAAUCAGGGUGAUUCCCUAAGAGAUUUUGUGGCUAGGUUCAAUGAGGAAGCAUUGAGCAUCGAAGAGUUCGAUCAAUGGAUUGCAAUGGUGGCCCUUCAGAAUGGCUUGAGGGCUGGGCCAUUCACUCAGUCGUUGGCCAAAACUCCACCUCGAAGCCUCCAGUUCCCGCAUACCGCGUUCUCGCCGUCUUCUGCCUUAAUAUUAACCCAACAACGCGAUACCUUCGGACACCGCAUUCUCGCCGUCCUCGCCGUCUUCCAGUUCCAGCUUCCAGAAAAAACUAGAGGGAACUCCGUUGAGAGGCGUUCCAUCAACGCGAGUAGGAUUUCAUCUGAUCGAUCGACAGGAGGGUUGUUUUUGAUCACCAUGGGUCAUAAGGGCAGCGAGAAAGGAAGCGACAGCGAGGACAGCAGAGGGUGGAUGCAGGCGAAAAAUCGGAGGAAGAAUAGGAGUAGCAGCAAAAUUAGUCCCGGGGACGAGCUGCCAAAGAAGAACAAUAGAAACAGUAUCGAAGGAGGGAAAGUGAAACAUGACUACCGCCGAAACCGGAACAACGACAGAAUUAGCCCCAGCGGAGGCGGAUUGGAGGAGGACGGUCGCGGAAGCAAGAACUACAACGAAACCAUACCCGAAGAAGACGGAGAGACGCUGCCAGAGCCGGUUGGGCAGAUGUUGUCGAAGAAGGAGCAAUCCAAUAUCCCCCCACCAUCCAAAAUCAUAACCAGCAGUGACGUGGAAGGAGUCGGAAAGGCAGAGAAGGCGACUGUUGAAAAGCUUCCGAAGAAUCCGAAUCACACCAAUUCGAAUGAGUCUCUGGUGCGUACGGCGGAGAUGACGGUGGUUCUGCGUUGCAAUUGCGAAGGAUGCAUCAAGGAGAUCUGCAAGAUCAUCGAGAAGGCCGAAGCAUGCCACGAUAUGUCCAUCGAUAAGCAGAAGAAUAAAGUGACAGUGAAAGGGACGAUGGACAUGCUGAAGGCUCUGGCUAAUAGUCUGUCCAAUUCCAAGAAGCUCAAAAAUAGAACCGUGUUGAUUGCCCCGCUGGACGACGACGGCGGCUUGCAGGCCGAUGCCGAGUCUCCCUCGCCGGAAACAGACAUGGUCGGGGCAGCGUCGAAGACGGGGAAAGGAACUGAACCACAGAAAUACUUGGAUGGAAACAAGUCAAACAAAGACAUGGUCGCCCACGGCGGCGAUGGAGCAACCAAGGCGGCGGGGAAAGAGUUAGACGGCAACAAAUCCAACAGACCUCCAGUGACGACGGUGGAGAUGAAGAUGGCAGUGCCCUGCUCUGGGUGCGGCGGACAUCUCCGCCAGAUUCGUAAAAGCGUCCAGAAGAAAAAAGGCUUUCAUUCUGGCAAAGUGUCCAGUGAUGAAAUGGGGAAGGCCGUGGUCAGCGGGACAGGGACAAUGGACGUCAUCAACGCCCUCAAGGAGGAAUUGGGGAAGAAGUUCAACACGUCGGUGGAGGUAUCCCCAUCCCCACCAGUAUUGGGCGAUUUAGACCACGGUGGCUCCGAAAAUAAGCGAGGCCGGAAACAGAGGAAGUCCGCCGCCGACGGCGGUGGAGGACAGGCUAAGGAAAAUUUAAUGCACUACGAUCCAACUGAGUAUCCAAAUCCAUCUAUUUACAGCUACGACGGGGACUAUUCCUUUCAGCUACUGCGGGGACUGUGCCCCUUUUAGAAGAAGGUUUUAAAAUGGAUAAUGAUUUUUGAAUAAUAAUGUUAUUAUU